GCAUUCGCGCCGCCACCUCAACACUCGGCCUCUCGGUCGCGGCCGUCGACUCUCGGCCGACGGUCCGCCGAUGCUGUCGAAGAGGAACCUCAGUCUUCUGCUGCUCCCGUUUGCAGGCGUGCCGCUGUUUCAAUGGGCGCGCUCAAUGCCGCAGGCGGAUCUGCACGACAAUUCUCCGCAUGCACCAGAUGCAGCUACUCUGGCGCUCAUCGCUGCUCGCACACGCGCCACAAACGCAGCAGCUGGUCGUGCGGACGUGGCAAAGGUCAAAGCCGGAGGCGUCAGUGGUGGUGCCAGCAGCAGCAGUGGCGGCAGCAGUGGCGGCGGCAGCAGCGGUGGUGCCAGCAGCAGCAGUGGCGGCAGCAGUGGCGGCGGCAGCAGCGGUCGCAACAUCUCCGGCGUGGCAGUGCAAGGGUGUCCCGCAUCGCGCAAGCCGUUCCACGUGGUGCUGACCGCCACGGCGGACAACUACCAGUCAUGGCAGUGCCGCAUCAUGUAUCACCACUGGCAGCGCGUGCGGGACUCAGACCCGGCGGGCCGCUGCACCGAGCUGACCGGCUUCACGCGGCUGGUCGCGUCGCCAGGCGGCCGUCCGGACGGGCUCGAGGCGGAGAUACCGUCGCAUUUCACGCCCGAGUACGAGCCGGCCGACAUCUCUCGCUUCCACGGCUACCGCGUCAUCAACCGGCCCCGCAGCGUCACUUACUUCCUCAAGUCGGCCCGGUACGCCGCGCUGCAGGAAGAGUACCUCCUCGUCGCAGAGACGGACCACGACCACGUGCUGCUGCAGCCCAUCCCGAACCGCGCCGAGCGCGGCUCGCCGAUGGCGUACCUCUUCGGCUACAUGGGCCCCAACCCGACCCACGCGCCCUUCAUCAAGCGGGUCUGGCCGGCGGGCGGCGAGGCGGGCUACAAGCAGGUGCAGUCGAUCGGCCCGUCGCCCGUGCUCAUCCACAGGGCCGACCUCGAGGAGGUGGCAGGGCCGUGGAGCGAGACGGCGGUCAAGCUCAAGACGGACCCGCAGGCCGACCGCACCCUCGGUUGGGUGAUCGAGAUGUGGGGCUACUCGAUCGCCUCCGCCUCCAUCGGGCUUCGCCACCAGGUCUUCCGCGACUUCCAGGUCGAGCCGGGCGCCCUCUCCUCCGCCGCGCAGCUGGACGGCUUCCCUCUCCGCUACUGGAUCUUCCACUACACCUACCAGUUUGAGUACUACCUCGACGGCACCCCCUGCCAGCCGUGGACGAUCGGCGAGUUCUCCCUCGACAAGCGACACUUCUCCGCAGAGCCGCCGCCGUACCCGCUGCCCGACCCGCCGCCCGGCGCAAACAAGGCCGCCUUCUUCCUCGUCGGCGCCUUCAACGAGGCGAUGCGCGCGCUCGGCACCGCGUGGCCGCGCCGGCAGCCCGCCCCCGGCUCGAGCGAGCCGCCGCUGCAGUCGGUCUACGGCCGCCGCAGGCUCGACUGGUUUGGGCGGCACGCAAACGGCUUCGCGACGGAGCUGCGCACGAUGCCGCUCAUCAAGCGGCUCGUCGGGUCGGAGUGGGCGUGCGAGGACGGCUCCUCGCUGCAGCUCGGCGGCAAUGGUGACGCGCGGUGGCGCAGCGGUCGCUCUGGCCGCUGGGGCUCGAUGAACAACCCCGACUUGGGCGGCGCUUGUCCAGUCGGCGCGUGCAUCUAUGUCGAUGUCAGCGGGAGCCACAACGUUGCAGUCAACGGCAGCUCCCUGACCGUUAUGCGUCUAUUCUACCGCACCGCGAGCGCGACGCCGGAGGUGGUGGCGCGCUGCCACCGCAGUGGAGGCGGGGCGUAGACUAGAGUUUCGAGAGCGCGGGAGAUGAGAGAGAGUACGGUGUGGAUCUCUCGUCGCACGUCGGUCUCGAGCCUGCUCGGGCUCGCACGCACGGUGUGUGCAGAGUGUGGCGAAGUGGAUCGUUAUUUUGGUACAUGAGCCUCCGAGGUGU